AUGGCGUCAAGUACCGGGCCCAUCUUCGAUGAGGCCCAAUAUCGCACCGAUGUCCUCCACCACCCCUCACCCGAAUCAGAAGCAGCGCAGGCGCAACAUCUAGCUGAAGAGGCUCAACAACUAGGUCUGGAAGUGCCAAAGAUCCAAACAUCUGUGCCACUAGCUGCCUCGAUUACUUCAGGAAUGGUUGAUCAUACCUCCCCAGUCCUGUCUUCUGGAUCCUCAACCGAUCGGAAUUCCGCGUGCGGCUCCGUUACCCCGUCUCACGAUCCAUCCUCUCCGGUAUCAUCCGUGCUUGAUCAGAUCGUCGCGUCGCUAUCCGAUGUCACACUUGCCUCAGAUCGCAUUAAGGCCGGCAGUACACGAUCACUGGCUUCGAUGUCUACGCGCCCGACUUCCUUUUGCUCUAGUGAGGGGAAAACGGGCCUUGCUGGGCACGGAUAUAAUGAUCCAUUCGAGCCCAAGUCGCAUCGGCAUUCAAUUCUCAGCGUCGCCUCGGCCGACAAGAAGGAGAAGCGGCGGAGCAGCUUGAAGUCCGCCAUUGGGAGAAUUCAUUUCCGCAAGAAGCGCACGUCCUCGGCCCUUAUCUUGCCCUCAGAUCCGCGCAUGGCUAUAUCCACCAGCGACAAAGGCGUUGAACACGUUUUCUUCGAACCUAACCUGGAACCUAAUAAUGCUGCCCAUGAGAAUAUUCCACCACAUGCGACCAGCGAGGGAUCGCCUCCCAGGUUGACAAUUCCUCUGUUCAGCGAAGAGAUGUUACAAAGAAGCCUGGACGAUCCAGAGCUAAGUGAGAUGCACGAACGGCAUCAGAUGGAAAGGAACCGACAUCUAGCCUUCCAAGACGCCGCUCUAAGUACCCUCCGGCGUCGGCACCAGACCGCUCUCUCAGAGCAGCAGUCUGACAACCAACGCCAGGAGGAGGAGAAACGCGAAAAGAACAUCGAAGCCAUAAUCCAAAUCGAAGAGCGACAGCUGGCGGUAGAAAUUGAACAGCAACGCGAGUUCGAUCGAGCCAAAAUGAACUCGCGCACUCGCAUCAAGCAUAUGGAGGGGUUCCUCCGCAAUACCAGCCCACCGCCAUCUCCCGCCGGGACAUCGACCAGAAAUUCCACCGGAGCUGAACGGUCCUCGGAAUCAUUCUCAGAAUCCGAGUCAACUCCCCCACCCCGUGUGUUCACUCGCCAACACAUGGAGCAGCUAGAACAACAAUACCACUCCCACAAAAGCAUGGACCAGCUCCAUGACGCCCGAAUCAAAGUCCUCCGUGACCGCCAAGAACUUAAACUGCAGGAAGCCACGGCGCGUAUGGAGAAGGAACUGGAAGAAAUGUGUAACCGACACAUCCAGGACGUUGCUACCUUACAAGCCGAGCACCAACGGGAGGAAGCCUCUCUCAUGCAAGCCUUGGAUACGAAGAAGGAGACCUUGCGGCACCGCUGGUAUUUGGAAGAGGCUGUCCUACGUCGGCAUCUCGAGGUGCGACAUGGCCAAUCAUAUGGUCCUUUGCCGCUUCUCACUUUCACAACUCCCAACACCCCCAUAUCGGUUGUAGUACACUCACCACUCGAAACUUCAACCCCGGAUACAAUCCACCCUAGCCAGGAUUGUAUGCCUCUUUAA